AUGCUGAUUCAGUGUGUUGCUUAUGCAUUCUGCUUUAGUGAAGUCUCUAGGCAGUAUAAAGUAUUGAGAUCAGUAGUUAGUAAUUUUGAUAGACAUCCACAAGUAUCAGAAUUGGAGGUUUAUACUCUUGGAGUUGAUGAAAAAUGGAGAUAUGUGGGUGAGGCUCCACAACCUCUAUCCAUAACAUUUAGUAAGGCUAACGUCAAUGGUGUUGUUCAUUGGAUGAAUUCGGGAAAAAAUGACAGCAUUUACUCCUUUAACAGUUGGACAGAAGAGGUGAAGUCCCUGUUAGCUCCGCGUGGUCUGAAAACUCCAUCCUACAAAUUGGUGCUAGUAGAGUUGGGGAAUUGUCUAUGUUUGUGUAAUCCUAACGAUAGUGAUUACGUUGAUAUAUGGUGGAUGAGAGAGUAUGGAAUAGCUGAAUCUUGGAGUAAAACUCGCAUUUUGAAGGAUACUAUUCAACCUGAUAUCAGUUGGGAUAGAUUUAUACCAAUCUCAACUUGGAAAGAUGGAGAAAUAUUGAUGCAAAGGGAUAGUGGCACACAAGUAGUUUCUUACAACCCAAAAGAAAAGAGGUUUACGAAGGUUAAAGUGUACCUUGGACUUGCAGCGACUAGCUACAUCCCAAGUUUUUACUCAAUCAAGACUGUCAUUGGAGAAAGUUCUCAAGUCUCAUACACUUUUCCGAAGAUUGACAUAGUUUAG